CUUUGUGAAAUACUGAAUAGUUUAAAUCAAUACAUGAGAUAAAAGGGUGACAAUAUGUUUAGAGGGUUUAUAAUAAUAUUGAGUUUAUUGUAUACAGUUCAAACCAGGUCAGCCGGGGAUGGCGCUAAGAAAAAUGACGAUACUUUAAAAUCUUCAAAUCCUCAGGAUAGUCGGGUUGAAUCUGGUGUUUGUAUCUUGAACAUUGAUGGAGCACUCCAAUAUCCUCCUAUUCUGGCAGAUCUGAGUGGAUCAUUUCUUCUACCUGAAGGAGAUGAUAUAUCAAGGAAUAUACCAGUUCCCCAAGGAGAGGUGAUGCAGGUGUCCUGCCCUGGAUCUAGUUUUGGAUUUGAUAAUAUAUGGGAGGAUGGUCCUGUGUACGCCAGAUGUAUCGAGGAUAGUUCUUUUGAUGUUUGGACUCCUGAUACAGAGGGGGAAGAUAGAGUAUUCUGGGAGGAUAUGAGUUGCAAGUCUCAGCCUCGUGAUAAUACAGAGAUUCUUGGAAGCUGUGGUCCUUCGGAGGAGAAUACUCUUAUUCGUAUAGGAUUCCAGAUAGCUGACAACCAGACUACCCCAACCUUUACAGUGUGUUUUGACCAGACGAUCUCACGAACACUCUGGGUCAAACAUACACUUUGGGACGAAAUAAGCGCACAGGAUCACGGGAAUAGCAGGCCUGACUUCCAAAAGGAUUCUUUUUAUGAUUACGAUGUGGAUCAUGCUUAUUCUAGAAACGCUCAAAGAGAAGAGAUUAGUAAACUGGUCGGGUCUCAAGAACUAGCAGAGCAAUAUAUUGAGGAAAGUGGAAAUCUGUUCCUGGCCAGGGGGCAUCUGGCACCAAAUGCAGAUUUUAUUUUCUUUAGCUGGAUGGAUUCAUCAUUUCAUUUUAUCAAUGUAGCUCCACAAUGGCAAACCUUUAAUGGCUUGAACUGGAACUCCUUGGAGAAUACAGUUCGAAAUUUCAUUAUUUCAAGAACAUUUGAUGCUGAAAUAUAUACAGGAACCCACGGUAUUCUUGAGCUAGCUGAUGUGAAGGGAGACAUGGUGGAUAUUUAUAUAUAUGAUGGAAACAGACUUCCGGUACCAAAAUUUUACUGGAAGAUAGUGCUAGAUCCCCUUCAAGAGACUGGGGUAGCUGUUAUAGGAGUUAAUAACCCACAUCUUACGGAGCUUCCUGCCUCUUACAUUCUCUGCCCACCCCUGGACAAUCCAACAAUCCUGGAAGGUGUAAAAGAACCUGAAAACCUGUACAAGGGGUACAUUUAUGCAUGCAGAGUGGAGGAGUUAGCAAAGGUGGUUGAGGAAAUCCCUUCUCUUCCUAAAGUGGAUCUUCUGCAGUGAAAAAUACAGACAAAAUUUUAAUCAUAAAUUUUUAAUUUUAAGUAAUAAAAGCUCUUAUAUUUCUGACAA